CGUCUAUGUGCCCAGCUUUUCAACUCAAUACGUAUGAAACCCAAGACCAAACAUUAUUUUGUCACACUUUGAUUAAGUCAUCCUACAGAACCUAUUCCAAACAUCUAGUUUGACUAUUCCAAGUGUACACCUAUUACCCCUUUAUUUCCUGCAUUACCACUAUUCAUAGACGUAGUAGAACAACUGAAUCCUGCAUAAACAUAUUUCAAUGGAUAUUCUUUCAUCAUUGAUCUUUGUUGCAUGUGUACUUCUUAUCCCUUCUCUCAAAGUUUUCAUAGCAGCUGAUACUAUUCGUUUGUCCCAGUCCAUCAGUGAUGGCAUGACCUUGGUUUCCAAAGGUGAAACAUUUGAACUUGGUUUCUUCAGUCCUGAGAACUCAAAGAAUCGUUAUCUUGGAAUUUGGUACAAGAACAUCACACAGACAGUUGUUUGGGUUGCAAAUGGGGCCUUGAAUGACUCGUCAGGCAUCUUAACAGUGAACAGCACAGGAAACCUUGUUCUCAGACAGCACGACAAGGUUGUGUGGUACACAACAACACCAGAAAAACAAGCACGGAAUCCAGUGGCACAGCUUUUGGAUUCAGGGAACCUUGUGGUAAGAGAUGAGAGUGAAACAAACUCAGAAUCCUAUCUGUGGCAAAGCUUUGACUACCCUUCGGAUACAAUAUUGCCAGGGAUGAAGUUGGGACGGAACCUCAGAACUGGUAUGGAAUGGAGAAUGACAGCUUGGAAGAGUCCUAAUGAUCCAUCCCCAGGAAUCUUUUAUUGGGGUCUAUUGCUUUAUAAUUAUCCUGAGUAUUAUCUGAUGAAGGGAACAGAAAAGUUUGUCAGAAUUGGACCAUGGAAUGGCCUACAUUUCAGUGGUAUACCAGAUCAAAAGCCUAACUCCAUUUAUGAUUACAACUACAUAUCCAACAACGAUGAGAUAUACUACACUUUCAGCCUCAAGAAUGAGGCAGUGAUCUCAAGAUUGGUAAUGAAUCAAACCAGUUCUAUGAGUUUUCGGUACGUAUGGAUGGAAGAUGGACAAUAUUGGAAGUUCUAUAAAUCACUGCCAAAGGACAACUGUGACUUUUAUGGAAUCUGUGGAGUCUAUGGCACUUGCACCAUCACAGGCUCUCAAAUAUGUCAAUGUUUAUCAGGGUUCAGUCCCAAGUCAGCACAAGCAUGGAACUCAUCUGACUGGUCUGAUGGAUGUGUUCGGAAUAAGCCAUUAAACUGCACUGAGAAAGGCAAGCAUGGGUUUGUGACAGUGAAAGGUGUGAAAGUGCCAGAUACUACAAAUACUUGGGUAGAUGAGACAAUAAGUCUAGAAGAAUGCAGACGGAAUUGCUUAAAUAAUUGUUCUUGUAUGGCCUAUACUCAUUCAAACAUAAGUGGUGAAGGAAGUGGUUGUGUCAUGUGGUACGGUGAUCUAAUUGAUAUUAGGCAGUUUGACAAUGAUGGACAGGAUCUACAUAUUCGAAUGCAUGCUUCAGAAAUAGGCCAACAAGAAGAGAACAAGAAACUCAUAAUAUUAGUUACUUCCACCAUUGUUAUCUUUUUGGGAUUGAUUUUCAUUGGUUGCUAUCGAGUCUACAUUGUCCGGCACAGCAUAACCGAGUAUUCAGACACUAUACAUUAUCAAAAUAGCGAAGGUAGUGAAGAUGAUCUUGAUCUCCCAUCACUUGACCUUUCAACAAUAAUCAAUGCCACUAAUAACUUCUCAAUAGAAAACAAGAUUGGAGAAGGUGGUUUUGGACCAGUAUACAAGGGAAAAUUAGUUAGUGGACAAGAAAUUGCUGUGAAGAGGCUUUCAAGAAGCUCUGGACAAGGAAUGACAGAGUUCAAGAAUGAAGUGAAACUGAUAGCAAAACUUCAGCACCGAAAUCUUGUUAAGCUUCUAGCUUGUUGCGUUCAGGAAGAGGACAGAAUGCUAGUCUAUGAAUACAUGACUAACCGUAGUUUGGAUUGGAUGAUAUUUGAUGAUACUAAAAGCAAACUGCUAGAUUGGCCGAAGCGCUUCAACAUUAUCUGUGGAAUUGCCCGAGGUCUUCUUUAUCUUCAUCAAGAUUCUAGAUUGAGGAUAAUUCAUAGAGAUCUUAAAGCAAGUAAUGUUCUACUUGAUGACCAGAUAAAUCCAAAAAUAUCGGAUUUUGGUAUUGCAAGAAUUUUUGGAGGAGAUCAAACUGAAGGAAACACAAAGCGAGUAGUUGGAACUUAUGGCUACAUGGCACCAGAAUAUGCAGCAGAUGGUCUUUUUUCUGUAAAAUCUGAUGUUUUCAGUUUUGGUAUUUUGCUGCUGGAGAUUAUAAGUGGAAAGAGAAACAGAGGUUUCUAUCUUGAAAACCAAUAUCCUAACCUUGUAACACAUGCAUGGAGUCUAUGGAAAGAGGGUAGGGCUAUAGAGAUGGUUGACUCAAGUAUAGAGGACUCAUGUGUUUUAUCAGAGGUUUUGCGUUGCAUCCACGUCAGUCUCUUAUGUGUCCAACAGCAUACAGAGGAUAGGCCUGUAAUGUCUGCUGUGGUGCUAAUGUUGGGGAGUGAAAGUGAAUUGGCUGAGCCAAAAGAACCUGGUUUCUUCAUAAAGAAUGAUCAAGCUGCAGCAACUUCUUUCUCAGGUCGAACUGUCUCAACGAAUGAAAUAACUAUCACAUUAUUAGAAGCUAGAUGAAAAGUCUCGAAAGAGAAACCAAAUUAUUGCAUUGCUCAUCACUAAAAAAUUAUUGAAGAAACUAAAAGGGUUUGUAAAGUGAGGUUUACAUCUACUUAUAUACUCUAAAUAGAAUAGACUUUAACAUGGUUCUGAUACCAAUGUUAAGAGGUGAAUUUUAAGUUUAGCUCAACCCCACAAAAUCAGCUUAUAAGAUGAGAUUUGUCACUUAUGUUUUUCAAGAUGAGAUUUUGACUCAUUUAUAUACUUUAAAUUUACCUUAUAUCUUGUGGACGUGAGACUUUUAACAAUUAUCAAUAAAAUAUCCCAUUUUAUUUAUCAAUAAAUAUUUGUCCAUUGGUGA